GUCCAUGGCUAAUGCUGGCCCAAACACCAACGGUUCUCAAUUCUUCAUCACCACAGUGGUCACGUCGUGGUUGGAUGGCAAGCAUGUUGUCUUUGGUGAAGUAGAAGAUGGGAUGGAUAUUGUGAGGAAUAUUGAAACUCAGGGCACGAGGAGUGGGCGCACAAACAGCAAAAUCUCUAUAACAGCAUCUGAUUUAUCGUCCUUUACGAUUGCUUAUUGAUGCGGCUACACGUGACGACUGUGUGUGAUAUUAUAUAUCAGCUGCACAGAGAGCUUGGCCUUACCUACCAACUCUUCGGACAUGGCUUCUGCCAUCGCUAACCUUCCCGCAGAACUCAUUGAAGCCGUGCUUAUCGUGGCCGCAGCCUCCGGGGAUCCGAAUUCCAUAGCAGCGCUCUCCCAGACCAGCAAGUCCUUUUACGAGCUAAUUUACUGUUGUCCAGACCAACACCUCUGGCGGGAGAUCUUCCUUACUACUUUUGAUGAUCCCAGACCCGCUCUCAAUCAUCUGAACACCAUGUCAGGUGGUCAUCAUAACUUGGAGUUUAACUGGACUCAAGAAUACAUUGACCGUAUCAGCGCAGCUAGGUAUAUCAGACGUCCGGUCCAAACGACUGCCCCAGUAAGUUCGCAGUCGAAGGGUCUCGACAUCCCAGUGCCAUUAUCCGUGGUGAAGGCACUACUCUCAGUCAUCACCACCUCCUUGCCCUUCCCGUCAUCCCCGCGUAUAUCUCUCACCAUCCUAAAUGACUUUCCCGAGUCCAAUUCCCCUUUCGCACCCAUGAUCAACGCUCCCCUGUUCCCGCCCCUGCUUCACUUGCUUACAGCCAAUUACAGUGCCAUGCUCGGUAGCGUCAAUGUGCCGUGGCUUCAGGAUUUGUUAGAAUUCGGAUUCCCUCCUGAGCUCACGCGCACGCUAAUGGCAAGGCUGUCCUUCGAUGUCCAGGGUCGUGCGCCGUACCAGCCCACUCUAACAUCUGCGUCACAGUGGGAUGGAUCAGUAGUCGGCCAGCUAUUCCACAAACUCAUCUGCUGUACCGGCUUUAUACCUAUUGCCGCGCCAGUACCCAAGUUCGCAUACACAUCCGUUCCUGGAGCCUCGCCAGCAGCAUCUACGUCAGUAUCACUAGACUCAACUUCUGCUCCUGAUGAGGACGAAGACAUGCCUCCCCUACCCAUCACACGCUCGCGACCCUUGUUAUACACCCCUGAAGGGCAGUCCGCUGAUGUCCGCACCCUUGCACGCAGACGUGUCUACGACAUGCGCUACCUCGGACCUGCACGCAUGUGGGGUCCCUUCCAACCCGUGCGACGCAACACCACCGAUUCACCCGAGUCAAACCAUCUUGAAAUCUUGGGUGAAGAUGAGAACGAAGAUGAGGACGAUGACGAUGACGACUUGGGUCUGAUGCACUUUGGACUGAUGCACGGGCACCGCGUUCCUGAUGUGGAUCCACCAAUCGAGCCGUAUGAGCUCAUACCGGACUAUGUGUGGCUUGCGUCUGCGCGUAUCGUUGUGGAGGCGAAUUUAAGGGAGAUGCCGCCUCCGUUUUCGGCAAGUGACGUUUUGCCGUAUAUGCGCAAAAUGUAUGCGAUGUCCAUCGGUGGAUCACCUGGGUAUUGGAAUGCAUGGGCAAAGCGACCUGGGGAGGGAGAUAGAUCCGAGGGCAGUGAGAAAAGCAAGCAGAGCGAAGUUGAGGAAUGGGAUUGGGCAGGUAUUAGUGGUGUUUGGAAGCGAUGUGUUUGCUGGCUUGAUUACCGAGAUCUCUUGAUGCACAACCUCGCACCAGAAAGGUUCCUCGAACACGACAUCCAAGAAGCUUGCCGAAUCAUACCCAUUGCUGUUCGUAUAACUGGCUACUCCGAAUCCCGCAUCCCACCAGGCAACACCACUCGCGCCCUCCCAACCAUCCACUUCGAGGGUGAAUCUUUAGGGUCUGAUCGCAGUUCAAACGAAUUACGCAAAGUCACUGGUACAGUGAGCAUGAUCGGUGAUGGGGCUAUUCGAUGGCAAACAGUAUCUACUGCAGCUGGGUCAGAUGAACCAGAAUGGUCGUCAGAGGCAGUUCAAAUUGGAGGGCCAGGUGCGGCGGUUGGGUUUUUGGGGAUGUGGACGGGGGCAAUGCAUGAGAGACCGGACCCGCUUGGUGAGUGCUUGUGCUUUGCUGAGGGUGUUUAUUGACGUCGGUGGGCUAGGUCCCUUUUGGGCUUGGAAGGUCGCAUGAAAUAGACCUGCGGUGGCGAGUUGUGUGUAGAUGGGCGAUUAUGUAUGCUUCAAGCCGUUUGGUCCUGGUAGCCUGGUUUGCAGGUCACUGUUAUGAAGGUUAUUUAU